GAAUGUUUCUUAAAAUAAAUCCCAAACAAUGCACAGACAAUCCAAGAGCCCCCUGAAAGUCAAAGAAAACGGGAGUGGUUGUCCUGAAGAGAAAGAUGAGGCCUCUCUCCCUCCGCCAAAAGAGCAGAAGAGCUGCAAAAGGACUAAAUUCCGAGUCAUCAGAGCGUCCAGGAAGGAGAAUUUGAGCGAUGGGAACCCGGUGUGGCCACCAAAACGCGCCCUGAAGUCCCCCCGAGGCCUCGGGCAGGAAUUGCCCCACCCCGAGGGGGGUUUUGGGAGCUGCCACUUCCCGGGGGGCUGUUGUGGGGAUGUGGGCACUGAUCCCACCUUGCCUGGGCACAGGCAGGAGGAAUUUCCAGGCAGCAGGGCUGGUUCCUUGGGCAGCGAUGCCCACUCGACUCCUGCGAGGGGCAAAGCUGAAGGGAAAGGUGAUUUUGGGCUGUCUGAAGGACAGAGGGGAAGACCCGUUGAUUUUGCUGCUGUGACAAUUGCUGAGUUUGGGAUUGCUCCAGAGAGCUUCACUGAACGCUGCAAAGGGAAUUCUCCAGCUUCGUUAAAAAUGAGGCGCAGAUCGACCAUUGGCCUGAGGGGCUCCCCCGAAAACAACACCCUGAUCCGGUACCUGGCCCAGCAGAGGAGCAGGAGGCAAAAAGAAGCUUUUACCCAGAUUAGUCCUUUUAAACAUGCAAAUGUCAGGUCGUUGAAGGACAAGAUUGAAACCUUCCAAACAUCUUUUGAAUCCCUCCAAGAAGCUGAAGGGGAAACUGGACUGUCCCAUGGGGAGGAUUCUCAGGAAGGAGGUUCUUCUCAGAACAAAGUGCCUCUUAAAAAGGACCCAGACCUGGAGCAGUGGAGUGAAAAGUUCAUGCUGGACAACAGUGGAGCUGAUUUGAAGGAGAACUGCAGGGAAAAUGUGACCAUGAACAGUAAAUCUGACCCCUGGAUCUGCAGCAUCUUGUCCCCAAACCCAGCUGUGACUCAACCUGCUGCUCCAAAGGAAUGGGUUUAUGGGCAGAAAAACCCUCCUGAGUCCUUGGAGACUGUUGCAGUUGGAGACACCUUGGAAAGAGGCCACGUUUUCAGGUCUGAGCACACCCCUGCUGACACCACAAGCGUUGUCGCCUCAGAUCUGAGCAGAAGGAAGGUUGGCUUUGUGGAAGGGCUGAGCCUGGGGGUGUUUGAGGACAGCAAAGCCCUCGUCACCCCACCUGCCACCCCCCAGGGAACAGGGACUGCUCCCUUCAGUGACCUCACCCAGAGCGGCUCCCUGAGGUCCAUCCUGAAGAAAACCCCAACGAGGCAACUCCUGGACAGCCCCAAGGAAUACUUGAACGAUGCAGUUGGCAGAGAUGAAUCUGUCCCGGUCUCCUACUGUGAAAAAACCUUUGAAGCAUCAGACACAGCAGACAACACCAACAGUCUGGACUUCAGGACUCCAAGGAAGAAAAAAGUCACUUUUGGGGAAGUUCUGAGCCCCGAAAUCUUUGACCAGACGCUGCCUGCAAACACCCCCCUGCGCAGAGGAGCCUCCCCAGGCCUGAGCUCCAGCCCUGCUCCAAGGCCAGGCUUAACUGCACAACCUCCCCCCAGGCUGCAUUUUGAUUGUGAUGAUGAAUGUGUUGAGCCUCCCCAGCACUUCCUGGAGGCUUCUUUUGCUGCAGAAGACCCUUCCCCUGUUGAAAAUGCAGAAG